UUCCACCCGGGCCUUCCGUUCCGUCGCAGUCACAGGCCGUCCGGCUCACCGCGUUCCCCUCCCGAGCACGCCACCAUGGCCCGCCCGUCAGCCACCGCUGCGCUCCUACUCCUCCUCCUCUCCCUCCUCGCCGUCGUCGCGCACUGCCGCCCCAUCGAAGCGCAGUCCGCCACCGACGACGCCGAACCAGUCGCCGCCGUCGCGGCCGGCGACGACGACGAGAAUGGCCCGCCCAACCCCAUACUCCCCGCCGAGGCGGGCGCCGCCGCCGGGGUGGCCCUCCCGGCGGAGGAGCAGCAGCACCACGGGUUCCUCCGCCUGCCGUCCCACCGGCUCCGCCACCACCGCCCCUGCCGCCACGGCCCCUUCUUCCACCGCCACCACCUCUGGUGGGCGCUCCACCACGGCGCCUUAGGGGACGCGCCGAUGCGCCGGUUCCACCACCACCGCCACGGCGAGGCUCUGAGCCACCUGGCGGCCUUGCCUUUGCCUGCGGAGGAGGCCAGGGAGGCGGCGGGGGAGGAGGUGAAGGCCGUGGCCGAGCCGGACCCGGAUCGCUCGCUCCCCGGCGGUGACGGUGAGCCGGCUUUCGGCGACGCCGACGGCGCCCAUGAGGCAGAGACAGACCACGAGGACGAGAGCGCGGCGGUCACGGCGUUGAAGAAGGAGAUGCUGCGGAGGUGGUUCCACCACCGCCACGGCAUGCGCCUCCACCACCGCCACCACGACGAGCCGGAGGAGGAAGCCGCGGCGGAGGGCCUGAAGCGGUUCCACCACCACCUUCACAAGGAAGAGGAGGAGAAAGACAUGACGAGAAAGCGGUUCCGUCACGCCGAGCACGAUGACAGCGACAGCGACGACGAGGAUGAGGAGGUGGAGGAGAUGGUCCGGCGGUUCAGGAAGGCCAUCAUGCGGAGGAGGUUCGGCCACGGCCGCCGCUUCCACCACCACCACCACGGCUACGGCUACCGCCACGCCGAGGAGACCGAGAAGGCGGAUGCACAGGAUGAGGGCGGCGUGGUGGCGUGGAUCAAGGGCCUCAUCAACCGGUUCUAGAGCUGGUCCAUUUCCCCCGGCCCUUCUUGCAUUGGUUGAGUCACGCGUACGGCCUUGCCUGCUUGUUCCUUCGUGCGCCCCCUCUAGUGCUCCUGCAGUGCAGCAUUUCGUUGGUAUCAUGCAUGCUGUGUUUUUUAUCUACGGUGUGUCUACGUACUUGUGUGACAGUGUAGUACCUGCUCGUGUGCAGCGUGCUUUGUCAUGUGAUUCUAUAUGCACGCAUAUGCCUUUGGUUUUUUUUUUUCAGUCAGAAGGAUCAUGUUCUUCAAGUAAUGUGCACUUGUGCGGUCGGUCUGCAAUGUAUACCACGAUUCGAUUCGUCGUAUGUGUAUCCUAUCUCGUAUUUGAGAC